CAUUGCCGACCGAGCUACGCAGAUGCCGCCCAUCUUCCUUCGACGGCGAGAAUGGGGACGAUGUCGCCGUUCCCGCUCUGCAUCUCUUGUGUAUGGAGCCCCUCUCUCCCCUCCUCGCGAACCCACCUCCUCUCUCGUCCCGUCCUCUCGGCCCGCGCAUCUUCUUCCCGCGGGAAGGCAGCGGCGGGGAAUUCUCGGCGCGGCUCCGCGGCGUUCGCCACCGGUUCGAACGAGCGGAGCGAGUCCGCGUUCGUGGACGAGAACGGCGUCGUCGACGACAUGGAUGGGUACCUGAACUACCUCUCCCCCGAAUACGAGUCCGUCUGGGACACUAAGCCUUCCUGGUGUCAGCCUUGGACAAUAACAUUGACAGGAAUGUUAGCGAUUGCCGGUAGCUGGCUAAUUUUGCAUUCAAUGUUGGUAACGACAAUUAUAUCUUUGCUAAUAUGCUCAUGGUGGUACAUCUUCCUUUACUCUUACCCUAAGGCAUACACGGAUAUGAUCGCUGAGAGAAGAAAGAGGGUGAGAAGUGGCGUCGAAGAUAUAUUUGGUUCGACAAAGGCUGACGGUAUAGACCAAACCUCCAACUGAUCAUUAGCUGAAGCAGGAAGAAGAAGGAUGAAGGGUGCAAAGUGCCAGUAUCUUGCGGACUGAUGAGGAAUUUUUGAAUGUCAAAAGCAUCUCAUGGAAUGAAAAGAUCUGUAUUUAACGUGAGCAGAAAAUGUUCUUCAGUUUAUAGUCGGUAGUAUUGUAUAAUUGUGUUGCAAUGAAGAAAAUACAUUUUAUGUCUCGAGAAAAUGUUGAAGAAUGUCCUGAGUUGGAAGACAGCGUGAAAUGCAAGAACUGCAAGAUUCUGGCGAA